AUGUCAUUUCCGGAUGUGCUUCAUCGAGGAGAUGAAUUUCUCUCGGAGUAUCCAUGGACCAAUCCUUUGUGGAAAACAGCAGCGCACGGAACAUGUUUGUUGGCUGUUGGAGUGUCUAAGUUUAUGUUGAACACGUUUUAUAAUGUAAAGUUGAGUGGGUAUGAGAAGCUUGAGAAAGCUAUUGAACGUUCCAAGAAUGAAAACCGUGGUUUAAUGACUGUUAUGAAUCAUAUGUCGGUUGUUGAUGAUCCAUUUAUAUGGGGUGUGUUUCCAUGGAAGAUGUACACAGAUUUCGACCAAAUAAGAUGGUGUCUUGGAGCACAUAAUGUGUGCUUUCAAAAUGCAUUCUUGUCUACUUUCUUCUCUCUUGGUAAAGUUCUCUCGACUGUAAGAUUUGGUGGGGGACCUUUCCAGGGAUCGAUUGACGCAUCUAUCCGUUUAUUAUCUCCAGAUGACACAUUAGACUUAGAAUGGACCCCACAUAGCGAGGUGCCUACUAAUAACAACAAAACUAACAACGGACCAAACAUUCUCAACAAAUUAGAAACUAAGGACGGAAAUGUGGUUAAGUAUGUGGCUCCUGUAGCAAGAUCAAGACCAAGCUGGAUUCACGUUUAUCCGGAAGGGUUUGUUUUGCAGUUGCAGCCUCCAUAUGAAAAUUCUAUGAGGUAUUUUAGAUGGGGUAUCACUAGAUUGAUCCUAGAGUCAACGAAAUCCCCUAUUGUUGUCCCAAUAUUCUCAACCGGUUUUGAACAUAUUGCUCCCGAAUCAAGUGCAGGUACUAUGAUUGAAAGAUAUUUACCAAGAAACAUGGGCGCAGAAAUCAAUGUUACUGUCGGAAGUGCGAUUGAUGAUUCAGUGAUUGAUCAAUAUAGAAAGGAGUGGUUGGAGUUAUGCCAAAAGUACUACGAUCCAUCUAAUCCUACGGAUUUAAGUUGGGAACUGAAGUACGGCGAAGAAGCCCAAAAUUUGCGAUCUAGAUUAGCAGCAGAACUCAGAAGUCAUGUUGCUAAGAUACGUCAUGAGGAACGCAAACUUCCGUUAGAGGAUGAAAGGUUCAAAUCCCCAGAGUGGUGGACCCGUUAUACUAAAACAGAAGGUGCAUCAGAUCCUGAUGUUAAAUUUAUUGGUCAAAACUGGGCAAUCAGAAGACUACAGAAAUUCUUGAAAGAUUACGAUGACGCUGAGACACCAGGAAAGGAUAAUUGA